AUGGAUCCAGAAUGGAAAUCCAAGGAGCGGGGAAGCCCCACGCUGGAGAAAUGCAGCGUCCCGUCCCGCAGCCGGACCCCUGGAGCUGCCCCCGCUCCGCCGCCCCCGGCCCGCAGCUCCUCGCCCCCGGGCCCGGGGAUUGGCCCGGCGGAGGCGGCAUCAGCGGGGUCCGCCCCCGGCCGCGACCCCCGCGGCGGCUCUUCGCCGCCCCCUGGGCUGGGCAGCAUCGCUCAGGACAUGGUAGCUGUCCACAUGCUUAAGCUCUACGAGAAGUACAACCGGGAAGGGAGCCGGCCCGGCGACGGCAACACGGUCCGCAGCUUCAAAGCCAGGCCGGAAUUCUUGGCCCAGAAACCCUUGUACUGCUUCAAUCUGACAUCCAUGCAGGAUUCAGAAAUGAUCCUUGCUGCCACUUUUCACUUCUAUGCUGACAAACGCCCUCGGCACCGGGAAGUGUUUUGUAAACGGUCCAAGAACUCAUCCUGCCGCCUCCUUUACCUGCCUCCAGUCCUACGGCUCAACCUAGUUUUCCAAAGUAUUCACCAGAAUUCUGCCUAUGGACUAGUGAAAGGGAACUUCACUGUGCUGCUUCAAAGGCGAGGGGCUUGGCAUGCAAAGGACAUUUCACACAUCGUAAAAGAAUCAAAACGAGCUGGAGAGCUCAUUCUCUGUGCUGAGCUUGAUUCUGGGGAGAAACACCAGGGCUUCCCCGAACAGGUUGCCAGCCAUUUACCAUAUAUACUGGUUUAUGCCAAUGAUCUUGCAAUCUCUGAACCUAACAGUGUGGCAGGCACCCUACAACGUUAUGAUCCAUUCCCUCCCAAUGACGGGGACCCAAAUCUGUCCCCUAAUGCCUCUACUGAUACUCGAGUUAGGAGGGAUACGUACCUCGCUAGCUCUAUUCAGAACAACGAGUUGCCAGAAGUAGAUUAUAACAACAAUAAAUACAACAAACAUGACAUAUGGGAGAAUGCCUACAGAUCCUUGAAACCAAAAGCCUCUCGCAAAGAUCGAAGGAGAAAAGGGCAGGAAAAUACAGAAACACUUAAAAAGUCUCAGGUGCUAAAUUUUGAUGAGAAAACAAUGAAGAAAGCAAGGCGAAAACAAUGGAAUGAGCCAAGGAUUUGCUCAAGAAGAUACAUGAAAGUUGAUUUUGCUGAUAUUGGCUGGAAUGAAUGGAUCAUAUCUCCCAAAUCAUUUGAUGCCUACUACUGUGCAGGUGCAUGUGAAUUUCCAAUGCCCAAGAUUGUCCGGCCAUCAAAUCAUGCUACGAUUCAGAGCAUUGUAAAAGCAGUAGGAAUCAUUCCUGGCAUCCCAGAACCCUGCUGCGUUCCUGACAAAAUGAGCUCACUCAGUGUCCUGUUCUUGGAUGAGAACAAAAAUGUUGUUUUAAAGGUAUAUCCCAAUAUGUCAGUUGAAACUUGCGCCUGCCGAUAAGUUUGUACAAACACACCUUUAACAAGGCCCACAAAUCCUGCCUGACUGCUCUGGGAAGUUGUAAAGGAGAAAUGGAUCCACUUGUGUUGAUGAACCAAUGCAAGUCUCCAAUUCCUCUACAGAAAGCACAUGGAGAGACUAAAACAACACACGUGCUCACCUCGAAGGAUAGGUCGUACUGUCAUCAUUUGUCUUUCAUAUGCAUCUUCAAGGAAUUCAGUACUUCUACAGAUACCUUCCUAACCUACCUAGCCAAGAUACCUGGUGUUUAGAGAGAAAUUUAAGUGUAAAGUCUUCCAUAAUCAAAGGACUAAAAUAUGCUUUUAUAUGUUAUUUCCUGACUAUUUUAUCUCUUCACUUAACCAAGAAGAUGGCAAGUGAACUUGCAA